UUUCCUUCCAGUUCCACUUAUGAUGAUUCUAUUAUGGAUAGUUUAUAAGUAGCUACCUAUAGAAGUUGUUGAUGUUUAUUGUUGUGAGCGGUCCGGUCGAGUAACAUUCUCAGGCCAUUUCGUUUCUCUGGAGCAUGUAUUUAUAUAUAGGAACAAAAUUUCGUCAGAAAAUCAUGCGUCAAUCCCUGAGCAUCAUACGUCAGUGGUCAUACGAACGCUCACGCUGAGCCACGUCAUGGGUGCGACAGCAGGAUCUGGCAGCCAACGUUCCGCCAACCGGCACGUUUUGACGUCACAGAAACUUGCCAGAUUUCGCUUGGCAAGCGUUGUUUUAUGAAUAACAUCUUAUCUAAUACCGAUUAAUUGCAAAUUUUGGGAUUUAUCAACAUUUUUGAAAAGAAAUGGACAAGAUUUAAAAUUUAAAUUGAUUUCAUGCUCAGUCAUUUUGUGACGUCAGAAGAACACGAUGUUAAAUCGCUAAGUCUCUCCAGAGAGCGUGGCUGCAUUUCCUUCCGCCUUCCACAGGCUUCCAAUGAGUCCAAUCUAUUUUCCUUCUUGUCGUUGGUAAUGUUGAAGUAAUCUAUGCGGAAUUCCAAGAAGUUAGUUUUAUGGUGUCGUGAAGUUUACGAACAGUGCCGUGUCCUCAUAUAAACUUCAAGGAUAUGAGUUGCACGAGGUGCUCUCGUAUGUCUCAGCGGUCGAUAACGGCUGCAGCAGCUGCAUCGACUUUGUACAGCAUGAGUAUUCCGCGUGGCGUAACAGACAGCAAUGGAUUUCUGGUGAAGGCUCUACCUUCGGGUGAGCCGUGGCCCUUGCAGUCAGGCUUGACGCCGCUCUUCAAAGAGUCAAAAGUGGACACUUUACCCGGUGCUUUGAAGUACAGCGCAAACCUGCGUAGCGACAAGGAGUGCAUGGCCACGAGGAAAGUCCUCGAGCGGCACCGAGUUGAGAAAGAUGGCAAAACCUUUGAGAAGUUAACCCUUGGAGAUUACCAGUGGUUGACCUACAGCGAAGUCGAGAUGGCGGCCGAGUCCGUAAAGUGCGCUCUUAGUAACAUGAAUUUUCAAACUGGAGACCGAAUCGCUAUUUUCGCUGAGACGCGCGCCGAAUGGUUCAUUGCUGCCAUGGGUGCUCUGAAGCUACGAGUUUCAGUGUGCACCAUAUACACUACCCUGAGCGAUAAGGGCAUCAUUCACGUUUUGAAUGAAGUUGAAACUAAUCUAGUAUUCACUUCAUUUGAUCUGCUGCCAAGGAUGAAAAGUAUUCUUGAUCAGUGUCCUAAAGUGAAGGAAGUUGUGGUUAUGGAAGACCAGCUUGAAGGUGUGGGAAAUAAGGAAUAUCUUCCUAAAAACGUAAAGAUCAUACCGUUUUCCGAAAUGACCGAUAGGAAAAACACAAAAAUCUCCAAAUGUUCUGAAGUGGUUCCCCAGCCAGACGACGUCGCGAUUAUUAUGUAUACCAGCGGUUCUACCGGAACUCCCAAAGGUGUUGAACUAACCCACACUAACAUCUUGGCAGCUGCGAUUGGCUACUCUGUUCAAAUUAGUAUCGACGAAAAUGACAGGUAUUUAGCGUUCUUGCCGUUGGCUCAUAUCAUGGAGCUUGCUACUGAAACAGCCCUAAUCUCUAUUGGUGUUACGAUUUAUUAUUCUUCACCACACACACUAACCUCUACUGGGGCUAAAAUUGCUAAGGGAUCCGUUGGAGACGCUAAACUUGCGAAACCAACGGUUAUCAAUGUCGUGCCCUUGUUGCUCGACAGGAUCAUCAAGGGAGUCACACAGGCGGUGGAAAAACAAGGCUGGAUAAAAAGUGCGGUUUUCAACACUUUAGUCGCCUACAAAUAUUGGCUGGACUAUAUUCCCUUGUCGUCGAGAGUCCUAAAUUUCCUGAUUUUUCAGAAAGUCCGAGAUGAGCUGGGUGGGCAGUUGAAACGUGUCAUCGCAGGUGGCGCGCCUCUAUCCCCUCAAACGCACAAUAAUUUCAAGGCCAUUUUUGGUUGUACCAUCCAAGUGGGCUAUGGCUCCACUGAAACCGCCUCUUUGGGGACCGGCAUGAAUGAAGAUGACGACAGCACAGGCCAUUGCGGUGGGCCUUGCCUUAAUGCGCUUCUCAAGCUUGAUGACUGGGAAGAAGGUAAUUAUAGGACUACAGACCUUCCUUUUCCUCGCGGCGAAAUUGUUAUUGGUGGUGUCUCAAUUGCCAAAGGCUACUUCAAAAAUGCAGCGGAAACCAAGAACGCGUUUUAUGAGGAGAAUGGGAUUCGAUGGUUCAGGACUGGAGAUAUUGCUGAAAUCGACAACACAGGAUGCGUCAAAAUAAUUGACCGCAAGAAAGAUCUUGUCAAGCUCAAGCAUGGCGAGUAUGUUGCACUUGGUAACGCCGAAACUAUCUUGAAGACUCUAAAUGUGGUGGAUAACAUGUGCAUCUUCGCAGAUUCUACUCAAGAUAAAGUAGUGGCAGUGGUGGUGCCCGUUUUGGACGUGCUGCGAAAGCUCGCUGCCGGCGUUGGAAUUACAAAUCCAGACUUGACUCUAGUGGAUCUUUGCGAGAAUGACAAGGUAAACAUGGCUGUUCUGAAAGAACUGCAAGUACACGGACGUCGCUGCGGACUUACGCGCUGGGAAAUACCAGCAGCCGUGCACUUGACUGACGAGUUGUGGACCCCUGAUACUGGUCUGGUAACGGCGGCUCUGAAAUUGCGACGGAAACAACUUGAUCAGCAAUACCGAUCCAUGGUGGUGGACAUGUACUCUCGCUUAGCUGACUAAACGUUACAGCUGUCAUGAAGUUACACAAAGUCUAAUGAUCAACAAGUCGCGUAUCAGGGAUGAAAAGACACGGGCGUUGAUUCAAUGUGCAUUACCAAAGUCUGUGGCUUCAUUUGGUUCACUGAGACAAAACGACUCGUUUUAUGGCUUUAUGUUGGCGCGCCUGUAAUUUGACAGGGCCAAGCUCCCAAUUGUUAUUGGGAGCAGGGUCUAUAUUACUGUUCAUUGUUUCAUUUCAAUUCGUGUUCAGUGUAUUUUGUUUGAAGGUAAUCUGGUCUAUGGCCUAAAUGAUUUAUCGUGGUUGGAUGAAGUUUGAAACAAAAUCAAUUUAUGUGGGUAAAAGCUGUAAUCAUUUCACUGUUAAUUUACGUCAAUCUUGAAUUUCAUAAUUCUUGAGAAAUCUCGUGAAUUCAAAGGUAAAAUUUCAAACCCAAAUUUUAGCUUUACAAUUUCGUCAAUACUUUUUGUACUCUGUAGUCAUUAUGUCUGUGACUAGAUCUCGGGUUUAUAAAUCCUUUCCUUUGUGAACUAUCGACAUAGAGCAUCUUUUUAUUACUCGUUUGUUUUUAUUACGUUUAUUACUUUAUGAUAUUCACAACAAACAUUCCGCGAUAUUCAUACAGACAUAGUUUUACGAUUUAUUUUGACGCAUCGUAAAAUUUCUACGUUUUUUAUAACCUUGUGAAUAGUUUUGUUUUGUAUUCUUAUUUAUAUCAUCAGCUGAAGAUAGCUUUGCAUCUCGAAGGGAUACAUAUGGUACCUUUUAGCAAAAAUAACAAAGUUCAAUGUUUGGUUUUAUAUGAUUGGGCAUUUUACGUUAGUUGAACUCGUAUCGUUAUUGCAGUCACUGAAGAACGCUAUCCUCCAUCGGCUGUAUUCUUUCGGCAAAGCUGUGCUCGUUUGCUUGAACUCACUAGCGAUCGAACAAUGAGACACCCUCUGAGCGAUAUAUAGCUACCCUAACUUGUUUUCCAUAUUCAACAUAAGUUAAGAGACCUGAUCGCCCUGCUUCUGGCCGUUGAUCUAUAAUCGACCCAGAUUAUGCUCUCUGUCACGUGUGCUCGUCUCGAGCUUGCUACGUUCCAAUUAACUAUGCGUCAUGGUGUUGUAUUACCAAUAAAUGUUUUUUUUAACAAUUGCCACAACUUGAGUCUUUAGCCUGCUUAGUGCUAAGAGAUGCAAUGCCACGCACGAAAACUGUGACCUCGUUUGUCCUAAACUGACGAUCCAUGGGUUUAUCAAUUGAAGACUUCAUUUAGUAGUAUGUGAUCAAAGAUUUAUAUCCGUUUUUUUUUCCUCUUAUAAAAAUCUUCACCUUACCUACGAGGUGACAUGCCAUUACACGAUGUGUGCGCGUUGAUGAAUAAGGCUCUAAUUCGCAUUAUAUUGAUAAAAAAGGUACCAACAGAAAUUGAAAUUUUGCACCGCUGAUGUGAGAAGGCAUUUAUUCUCUGCCUCUUCUAUGAUCUCAGUGCUUCUUUACUUCAAUCUAAUUUUCUCGGAACAUGUUUCGUCGUCAGUUGAUCGUUCCUGUUAUAAAUGUUGGAAUGAUUGUAGAGCGUCCUUCUUACUACAUAUAGCACGCAUCCUUCCAUUGUAUGCACUCAGUCCGUGGUUUGGCAUAGCACUCCUUUGGAUGUAUGAGGAUGAUGUUCUUGUUGUUUGUGUUGGUGAUAAUGACUAGUUUGCUGCAAAAUAUAUGCACUGGUCCCUUAUGCGAAAAACUGCGGGUAUGUUUAUUUGCAAGCUACGGUAGGUGUUUCUGAUAAAUGUCCGUGCUUGAAUUUCUAUUGAUGUAGAGAAUUAAAGAGGAAGCUAUGUGUUCGUUCAUUUUUACAAUUUAUUUCCGGCGAGUUGAAUUAGCUUUAAAGCAUUCCAGAUCAUUAGUAACAAAUGAGAGCUUUAAAUUUGUAGCGAUAGUUUCCGUUCGAGAAGAUAGCAGGCUUCUAUGUGGUGUAACUCUCUGCAAAUUAAGCAUAUUUAUCUAUUAAUAUAGUAUAAUUAAAUUAUAUCAUUGCAUUACUCGACCGCUCGUCGAUACUUCGGUCGGCAUUGUGUAGAAGACAAAGCGUGGUCCUGCAAAACCCUUCCAUUUCCCUAUAUAUGUAUAUCAUAGAUUAGUAGCACAGCCUCAUGUAGUCACAUGUACUAUCUCAAGUAUAACGUAAAUUGCAAUUUUAUCCCCGAAUAACUAAUAAUGAUUGUAUUAACUGCCUUCAUUUUAAAGGCAGCUAUGAGGUAUGAGUAAUUCAUUUCUGAACCUAUAUGAACUCGAACCGAUUAACGGAAGCACACUACAAUCUUCGCUUAUUUGCGUCUUCAUUUCUUGGUGAUAGUUACGCUGAUAUCGCAUCAUGAAAGCGUUUAAUGUGACUUACCAUUAUAAUAUCUACACAUAAAUGUUGAAAAGUGUCGGAUGUGAUAACGUGAUAACGACUAAGAUUAGUUUUUUUUUUUGCGGAGUUCAGGAAAACGAGUUUCACUUAAUGAACAGGACAGAAAUGAGCAAACAGCAGCCGAACUGAAAAAAAAAUCGGAGCUUUGAGCUAUGUAGUUCCAGUGAAAAUUUAUUCCCUAUAACCAUGACGGGUCAUAGAAUCCAUGUGAACGUUCAUGUUGCAAUGUUAGAAAAUUGCCUUUAAAAUUAUUGAAUAUAAUAAUUCAUUGAAUGUAAUUGUCAAGUGAUUGAGGUUUAAAUUAAGAGUGUUUUAAUUUACGGCAUUAUAAAGUGAAUGUGGAUUAGAUUACUAAGUGAAAAUUCUGUAAAUUCCCUGUUGCAUGCGCUGUGAUUUUUCUCCAAUGAUGCCUGUAUAGUUCUUUUGCUGUGCUUUUUUUCAGCGAGCGAUUGACCCGCCGAUUUCGACAUUAGAAAUCAGGCAACUGACUGACAAUGGUCAACGGACUGAUAUUUGUCAACUGACAGACAUUGGCCAACUGACUGACAUUGACCGCCUGACUAGCUUCAGACCACUAACUGACAUUGGCCGACUGACUAGCUUCAGACUACUGACCGACAUUAUAGAGAACUGACUGUCAGUAGACAACUGACUAACGUUAGGCGAACGGCUGACAUAUUGGGCAAUUUAAUUGUUGAUUAGAACUUCGACAAAUGCGGAAUAUAUUUAUUAUGGUACGGUAUUCUUUGUCUGCUUCACACAAUUAAGGGUUAAUAUGGAAAUAUUUGUUAUGCUUCUGUAACCUGUAGUCAUGUGUCAUCACCUAAAAAAUAAUUAAAUCCUGUAAUCUCA